GGAGCCCCGAGCUGCACAGGCUGCGCUGUCCUUCUUGGGUGGAGCCGCCGCGCCUGCGGGGCAGACCAGACCGCAGCCAUGAAUGGCACGGAGGGCGAAAACUUCUACAUACCCUUCUCCAAUGCCACAGGCGUGGUGCGCAGCCCCUUCGAGUACCCGCAGUACUACCUGGCUGAGCCCUGGCAGUUCUCCAUUCUGGCCGCCUACAUGUUCAUGCUCAUCGUGUUGGGCUUCCCCAUCAACUUCCUCACGCUCUACGUCACUGUGCAGCACAAGAAGCUGCGCACACCGCUCAACUACAUCCUGCUCAACCUGGCCGUGGCCAACCUCUUCAUGGUCUUAGGUGGCUUCACCACCACCCUCUACACCUCCAUGAAUGGAUACUUCGUCUUCGGGCCCACAGGCUGCAACUUGGAGGGCUUCUUUGCCACUCUGGGUGGUGAAAUUGCUCUGUGGUCUCUGGUGGUGCUGGCCAUUGAGCGCUAUGUUGUCGUGUGCAAGCCCAUGAGCAACUUCCGCUUCGGUGAAAACCAUGCCAUCAUGGGUGUUGUCUUCACCUGGAUCAUGGCGCUGGCCUGCGCUGCACCACCCCUUGUCGGCUGGUCCAGGUACAUCCCCGAGGGUAUGCAGUGCUCAUGUGGGAUCGACUACUACACACUCAAGCCUGAGGUCAACAAUGAGUCCUUUGUCAUCUACAUGUUCGUGGUCCACUUCACCAUCCCCAUGAUCAUCAUCUUCUUUUGCUAUGGACAGCUGGUCUUCACCGUCAAGGAGGCAGCUGCACAGCAGCAGGAGUCAGCCACCACCCAGAAAGCGGAGAAGGAGGUCACCCGCAUGGUCAUCAUCAUGGUGAUCGCCUUCCUGAUCUGCUGGGUGCCCUAUGCCAGUGUGGCCGCAUACAUCUUCACCCACCAGGGCUCCAACUUUGGCCCCAUCUUCAUGACCGUCCCAGCUUUCUUUGCCAAGAGCUCUUCUAUCUACAACCCUGUCAUCUACAUCAUGAUGAACAAACAGUUCCGGAACUGCAUGCUCACCACCAUCUGCUGUGGCAAGAACCCUCUGGGCGAUGAUGAAGCCUCCACCACUGUCUCCAAAACUGAGACCAGCCAGGUGGCCCCAGCCUAAGGCCUGCUGGGGCCCCUGCAGCCGACUGUAGGACCCCCUCCACCCCCCACAGCCACCCCACCAAGAGCACACCUGCCACAAUGUGGCCAUGGGUGCCCCUGAGUUUGUUUCUAUUUAAAUAAUCAGAGAAAAAUGAGGUCCCCAUUCUGCAGGGACAGCCUGAGAAGGGACACUCACACAGCCCCCAAUCUGGAGUCCCCCAGCUCUCAGGGGCUGGGGGGCUGCACCCCUCCCCCAGCUUGUCUUGGGAACAUAAGAACUCUUGCUUUCUGGAAAGGUGCCCCACUUAGGGCUAAGCAUCUAGCACAUAAUGGGAACACAGUAGGUGCUUGAUAAAUGCUAGCUGGAUGAAGGAAGGAAUGGGUGAAGGAAGGAAUGGAGGAAUGCAUGAAGGGCGAAUGUGUAGAAAGACACAUCCAUCCUCUCAGACCUCAUGGCACAUGGUGAUGAGUCAAGCAGUGGUUCCCUACCAUAGCAUGGAACUCCAAAGUUCGGCCCUGGCAGCACACGGCUGCUGCAAAGACCAAAUAAGAUGGUGUGCCUGUUCGUGUGGGUGUGUGGGUGUGUGUGCAUGUGUAUUUAAGCACUUUGUAAAUAGUAAGGAGCUAUACAGAUUGCAGUCUACAUUAUGAACAAUAUCGACUAAUAGAAUUAGUGAAUUAUCAUGGUCAUCUCUUCCUGACAGUCACAACUGGAGAUCAAACAGGUCCCAGCAUUCAGACAAAGGGGCUUCAUGCAUACUCUUGCAGGUUUGCAAAAUCAGCCUGAGCCUCAGAGGUGGGUGGCAGGGAAAGACAGCUCCAGGGACGCAGUAUCAGCCAGUAGAUCAGAAAAAGCAGCUCAGGCACUGUGAAAGUCAGGCCUGAGCCUGAGUUUCUGGAAGCCAUCUACUGUUCCUUCUUGGCAGUUGGACCAUAGCCACCCUGUCCAAACUUAAUAGAGAGCUAAGUCCCUGAUGUCACUAAUGCUGGAGAGCUUAGAAACCAAAAGGCACCUGGUUGAUGCACCCCCACCCAGGAGCCCCUGGGUCUUGGUUUCAGCCCGCUUGUGAGACAAGUUCAGCUUCAGCAGCCACAGCCUGCCCCUCCUGCAGUCUUCUCUGAAGCCUGAAACCUGGGCCAGGAUCGAGCUGUCUCGGUUAUUGCCAGAGCCUGGAGUCUGAGGCCCACGGGGCAUUAAAAGCUCAGCUCGGUCCUGCUGUCCGUGUUAGUAGUUUUUGUUCUCAGCCUCCUCACCCACAGGAUGGACUAGCACCAGCAGCUCCAACCUGAAAAUCAGCCUCGGGGAGUGGGCUGUUCAGUGGGCAGAGCCAAGUAGCUCAGUGUUGUUGGGGAAUGAGAGGACCCUGGAUGAGGGGGACACCUGACCUGGGGUUGCAGAGAUGCAGGGACUUAAGGAAUAACAGCAAGCACUGCAACUUCUGCAGACUUCCCUGAAUUUGAUCUUGAGGGGUUAGCAAGGUUGGGACUUCACUCUGGUGCAGUCAGAGAGAGACUCUGGCAUCUCCAGGCUCAAAACUGGUCUUACUGAACACCAGCGCCCCAUGGGAAGGAAUGGAGACACAGUGGCUGGGAGUGCCCUGUUCUCUUGGGUGAUAGGAAGCACAAGUUGCCCACCAAGAUCAAGGCCCUGCCUGGAGGCUGGCAGAGGUGGUGUUAGAGACCCCAAUAACUGUCCUUUACCCUCUAUCUGGGUGGUAGUGGGCAGAGCACCUCUGGUGGUAAACCAUGGGAAAUGCAGUUCAGAUGGGUCAGAGGAAAAGGGUGGCAUCAUUCUCCCACAGAAAGGAAAAACCCAGGGCUUGCAGGCAAGCAUGUGAUAUGAUCAGGUCUAUCUUUUCCCUUCUGGCUACACUUUUUCAUGUUGGCUUCAUUCACAAGUCAACACUUCACAAGAGGUGGCAAAAAUGGCCACCCUAGGUCCAGGGCUCAGCAAGUGGGCAUCUCUUUCCCCUUAGUAUAGCCAAAGUUCCACAUAGGGCUUCAAUUGGCAAGGCCCAGAUCAUGUGAUCACUCUUGAGUCUGUCACUAAACCUGGACUGGGAUUCAUCCUCUUAUUGGCCAGGCCUGAGCCACCUGAUCACCCUUGAACCUAUCACCUUGCUUGAACUGGAUGUAGUCUCUCCUGA